UAAAGAUAUGCAGAACGUAUACGAUAAUCGGCGUAUAUUUGAUUAUUUAUCUUUAUACAAUGCGAGGUCUCCUCUACAGUUUUGCAAGUAAUUGUACAGGCCAUUAUAAUCCUUUGUAAGUAGUAAGCUUUAAUCAAAGCUGUGUACGAGUACACACACAUAGAUAUAUAUAUAUAUAUAUAUUACAUAUUAAUUAUACAUAAUAUAUCUAAGAAAUCGGGCUUUCAUUUCCCUUUUCGCACUAUAAUAAGAUAAACUAUCCAUGCGGAUAUACAUGCGUAAAAAACUGUAUAUGAUAAGAUAAGUAGGUAAUAUAAGUCGGAUAAAGAUGUCGUUCUUCAGGAGAAAACUUCAUAAAGAAGGCAAAGAUGGCAAGCAUGCGUCUAGUUCCUUAUCUCACAAACUAUCCGGUCCCGAUAUAAGUGCGCCCAUAGACAGUACAAAAAUGCCUAUAAAUGAGAUGCCACUUCUUGUACCGGUACCGCAUGUGAAUGAUAAUAACUCACACACCACGACCAAAAAUAAGGCAGGCGACAAAAAUGGUGGGGUUGAGAAUGAUAUAGAUGGCAUAGUUGGGGCAGAUAGCUCGGAUUAUAGUCGAGGGGGACAACCGUUUGAAGACGACAGUGACUCGGCUAAUUCCUUAGGCUCAAAACUGGGUGCUGGCCUAAGUUUAGGAGGAUUAAAGACUAUUUUAAGUGCUGAGAGCAGCGCUACAGCGAUCGAGCCAAUCGAUACGAACGAACAUGCUUCGCAAGAUACCAUUCAACAGGCAGCCGUAGAAGUGAACACGCUGCGUAAGGGUAGUAGUGGCAGUACGGGGUGUGGCAAACGGCGAAAGUCUUCAAGCGCAAGUACUAGUGAACCCCCGGAGAACCUUCAAGACUAUUUGAUGAUUAAGACUAUAGGUAUG